CGCGACGCCUCCGAGGUGCCACUACGCGUCUUUUCGCCCUACUCUUAGUUACUCGACCCGAUGGCACACAGAUACUCUACUGUCCUAGAGGCUUAUUCCGUCCUUGGACUGGAACAGGGCUCUUCGCUUGAUAUCGUGAAAAACGCCUACAAGCAGCUGGCUCUAAAGACACAUCCAGACAAGAAUCCCGACAAUGAGGAUGCUACUGCACAGUUCCAAAGGCUCAGCGAGGCAUAUAAUGUCUUGAUAAAGCACCAUGACCAAUCGUCCUCUUCACCCCAUAGACAUGCGUACACCCACUCGUAUUCCUCAUAUGGUCAUUACAACGACGAUCAGUAUGAUGACGAAUACCGCGAUGUGUACGAUGAUGACGACGAAGACCUCGCCUUCUACAUGUUUCUGUACGAGCAGUUGAUGAGAGGGAAAGGACGUUGGUCCGCAAACAUGCGCUAUCAGCGGUACAAUCCACGCAAUUCGGAGACCACUGAGCAAUUACAGGCUCGGAUGAGGCGUGUACGCGAAGAACAGGAGGCGAUGAAGGAACGCCGUGCAAAUGAGGACGUUCUGCGCAAAGCAGAGCUGGAGAAAGAACGCAAAGAACGGGAGGCGAUGAAGGAACGCCGUGCAAGGGAGGACGUUCUGCGCAAAGCAAAGCUGGAGAAAGAACGCGAACAAGAGAAAAAAGCGGCUGAAGAGCGACAGAGGCUCAAGACCACGCAUAGAAAAGCUCAAGCGGCGGCCUUUCAGAAGUCUGCGGCAAAGAAAGCUCGUGCGGAGCAAGAACGUCUGCAAACACUACGUUCCGAAGUAUUUUCCGCAGCUCGACGGGGUGACGGGGACAAAGUUAGGAAGGGCAUUUACGAAGAUAACGUGGACGCAACGGGCGGAGAGAUUAUAGCAGGAUCAGAAGCGUAUGCUAGAAGGAUUCCCGAAGAUAGGCAGGAAACUCUCAUGCACAUUGCGGCAAAAAAUGGGGACGCAAAGCUGGUGCAAUGGCUGGACUGUCACAAUGCUGACCCUGAAGAGUGCGAUGAGAGCGGAAUGACCGCCUUCCAAGUUGCCCUGCAACGCGGUGAUACCUCAGUCCUGAAGCACUUCUAUACAACGUACCGUCCGGAAGAUCCUGACUACAAACAUAUCUAUAGUGGUUCUGCAACUCGGUCUUUGUUAAGUCUCGCGCUAGAAUCUCACAAGCCAGAAGCCAUACGGAUGAUACUGGACAAAGGCUUCGCAAGCGAGGAAGAUAUAAAUGAGGAACGGGCAUAUGUUAUCUCUACGGAAGGCAAAGAGGCACUCUGCGGGACAGGCACCCGAAACGGGGAUGACAAGUAUGAUGAGAUCCUGGAUAUUCUCAUGAGCUACGGGGGAUUCUCAGCUCCCGCUCCUUCCCCAAUAUCGCAGCGUGUCCUGCAUAGUCCCAAUCGGAUCUUCAAGCAGUUCCGGCAACCUCCCUCCAAAGACUCUGCUGCGCAUGCUGAGCGACUCACACAGCUCUCGCCGGAAAGCCAGAAUUCCUUUCAUAUACUUCUGGCGAACAAUAUCUCAGGCUGAAGAACGCGGACAUGGACGAGGCAGAGGCAGGGGUCGUGGUCGUGGUCCGUGGAAGAGGGCGCGCAACUCCAUGAAUCGUGAUUCAAAUCCUUUCCUUGUCAUCACUAUCCGACAUUCGGACCACCUGUAUAUAUCGUGCCCCGUUGAUCACUUCGCCAGCUGUCGAAUUCGCCCUCAUCGUUUCCAAUCAUGCACUGUGUCCUGCUUUGUCUUCUCACGAUGUCGUAUUUCUUGUCGAGCACUGUAUGGUAGAUUUUCGUAAAUCUUGUAGCGUUUGUACAUCAUGUAUGUUCGUGCGGUCUGAUGGUGCUUCAAAGUUACCAUUGUUGUUCUGGUUGUCAGCAC